AUGGCGGACGGGGACAGCGGCAGCGAGCGCGGCGGCAGCGGCAGCGGCAGCGGCGGCGGCGGCGGCGGCGGGUUCGCGGGGCCCCGCGGCGGCGGCGGCGGCGCGGGGGCCGCCGGCGGCCCGGAGCAGGAGACGCAGGAGCUGGCCUCGAAGCGGCUCGACAUCCAGAACAAGCGGUUCUACCUGGACGUCAAGCAGAACGCCAAGGGCCGCUUCCUCAAGAUCGCCGAGGUGGGCGCCGGCGGCUCCAAGAGCCGCCUCACGCUCUCCAUGGCUGUGGCCGCCGAGUUCCGCGACUACCUGGGCGACUUCAUCGAGCACUACGCCCAGCUGGGGCCCUCCAGCCCCGAGCAGCUGGCGCAGGCCGCGGGCCCCACCGGCGAGGACGGCGCCGGCGCCGGGCCCCGGCGGGCCCUCAAGAGCGAGUUCCUGGUGCGGGAGAACCGCAAGUACUACCUGGACCUGAAGGAGAACCAGCGCGGGCGCUUCCUCCGCAUCCGCCAGACCGUCAACCGCGGUCCCGGCGGCCCUGGCGGCUUCCCCGGCGGCCCGCCGGGCCUGCAGAGCGGCCAGACCAUUGCCCUGCCCGCCCAGGGCCUCAUCGAGUUUCGCGAUGCCCUGGCCAAGCUCAUCGACGACUACGGUGGCGAGGAGGACGAGCUGGGCGGCCCCGGGGGCGGCGGGCCGGGCGGCGGGGGGCUCUAUGGCGAGCUGCCCGAGGGCACCUCCAUCACGGUGGACUCCAAGCGCUUCUUCUUCGACGUGGGCUGCAACAAGUACGGCGUCUUCCUGCGGGUGAGCGAGGUGAAGCCGUCCUACCGCAACGCCAUCACCGUGCCCUACAAGGCCUGGGCCAAGUUUGGCGGCGCCUUCUGCCGCUAUGCCGAGGAGAUGCGCGACAUCCAGGAGCGCCAGCGGGACAAGCUCUACGACCGCCGAGCCGGGCCGCCGGGGCCGGGCAGUGGCAGUGGUGCCGGCGAUGACUCCGACGGCGACGACGUGGACGACGACUGAGCCCCUUCCCCAUGCCCCUGCCGCCCUCCCUCCUUCCCCCCCCACCCCCCACCUCCCCGUCUCACCCCAGCCUGGGCCCCCCUUCCCCUCCUCGCCGCCAGGGCUGCGACAGGGAGAAGGGGGCCCCGAGCGCCUCCCCUUCCCCCCCCCGCCCGCCCUCCCUGCUCCACCGUCGGAGAGAGAAACCGGCCCGACCGCAGACACCGACCGCGUCCCUCCCUCCUCCACGCGCACACACACACACACAUGCCGACCUACGCCGCCGUGGGGCAGCCCCCGUCACCCGCCGGGGCAAGCCACCGCCGUCCCGAGGGGAGCCUGGGACAUGCAGCAUCCUUCCCCGGCACCGGGGGACCCAGCUGCCUGGAUCUUCCCUCCUUCCCUACGCCUGCUUCAGCCCAAGGACUCUUUGUUUUUUUGUUUUUUGUUUUUGGCGGGGGGAGGACGGGGAGGCCUCCCGGAUCCUCUCUCCUCUCCUGCCCCGAAACCCCUCUGUCUGUGUCAACAUCGUGCCCCUACCACCAUCGAAACCAGCAUCCUGGCGUCCACAAGCGCACUGAGCUCGAAGAGAAGGGAGCGAGGCCCCUGCGGCUUCCCAGCUCUGAGGGUGCAGAAUUGUUUGUUUUCUGGGAUGCAAACUGCUAAACUCCAGGCGUCUGAACUGGAACCCAUAAGUGAACUAGUUAAAAGCUGGCAGGUUUCUGAAGAUUAAGAACACUUUCUUGUUUUGAUUUUUUUUUUCUUUUAACAUGGGGGUUGCAAAGAGAGGUAGGUUAAAGAAAAAGCAGGCAUAAAGCACAAGGAAAGCUCGAUGGAUUGGCUGCUGCUCACUAAAGAUCUGCCCCUUCUCUCCAAAUAAGGUGGUCUCGAAAGAGCACUGGCUUUAGUAGUUGGAAGGAAGGCGAGCCAGUUUUCCCCUGGCUCCGGUGGGCGACCGCAAUCCAGCCCCAGUUGCUGGGUCACUAAAACUAGCUAUUUCUUAAAGCUGUCGCUCAGUUGGGAAAGAGCAAAAAAAAAAAAAAAAAGGAAAAAAAAAGAAAAGAAACACGGCUGCAAGUCUUUAGUCUGGGCAAAGGAACGACCAGCACCGAGCAAGACGCGAGCAAAAGUGGAGGCUUCGGUGGGGAUCCGUGGACGCAUCAGUCUGACUCAAAACCACCAAGAACCUCAGGUGCAGAAAUCCAUCAGUUCUUCUUUUACGAGAAUUUUUAGCAAACGAACUCGAUCCGUUUCCUCAGUACCUCACAUCGUGUUAACAGCGGAGUUGGCAAGGGCUGGCUUGUUAGCGCGACACACAACCUGUGGGAGCUUCGGGCCCAUCGCGGUGAAGGCGCCGACGUGAAAACGAUAAGCUCUGUGACUAUUAACGAUACCCUGGCAGCGGGUAUUUUUUUUUUCUUACCACCUCCAAGUUUCACCAGAGACUGGCUACUGCCAAUUCGUCCAGCUGUUCCAGAAUAAAGUUGGGGUCUUUUCAGCGAUCACCUCUUCUAUUAUUAAAUGGAUUUUCACUCUCAAAUGGUCUUUUUUUUUUAGCUAAUCGGGUCAGUCCUACCCCUCCAGAAAGGUAUUUUUUUAGCCACAUUAUCAUAUACUAGUAACUUUGAACUGAAUGGGGAGCCCGCUGUUCAUUCCAAAGUUUCAGGUAUUACUUGUGUGACAUCUUCUAGAGUCUCUAGGACUUUUUUGUUUUGUUUUUUUUCUUUUUUUUUUUUUUUGAAACUGUGCAUGCCUGCCCUUUGAUUUGAGCUGCCUUGUUAAUUUAUUAUUGCAUACCCUUCUUUUGGUAUUCCUCUCUCUACGCUAUCUGUUCGGUUUGUAUUUAUUGGAAAACGAGGAACAGACGAAAAGCGACUCUUCUCACGUGGUUGCGGCAACGUCGGGGGGGGGAUCAGCUCCAUCCCGUACCCCAAAUCCAGCAACGUUACCGGGAAUGUUACCCGUGUGUCUGUCUGUCAGCCGCGAAUGUGUAUCGCUGCCCUUCUCAAAAACAAAUCCUGGCCUCCCGUUGUCCGUAGGUCUUUUUAAGGGAUUUUUAAAAGAACUUUUUUGUUUUCCUGUUUUUAUUCUUCUCCGUUGCAAAGAACUCGGUUUCUUAAAUCAUACGGGAGCAAUAGUAUUUCUUGAUGUUUGAAUUACAUCCAUACACUUGUACUGUAUUUUGUACUGUAAGGCAGCUGUUUCCAGUAAUGUCCUGCUGUAUUUACCUAUGUAUUUUGUUCACACGCGUUCAGUUCUUUGCCGCGGAGAAUGAAUUGCCACCCGGUUUCGGCGGACGGAAGUCACACUUUAGCACCGUAAGACAGCUCCGUCCUGCGGAUUAGAGCUCGGAGGCGGCGAGGAGGAUUUGAGGCCGCCGGCGGACGAGGCUGUAACUCCGUUCAUUGCGAACAACGUACGGUUCCGCGCGCAGACCAGCAUCUCGUUUCCUUGCUUCAGUGGUGAUUGACUUUCUGUUGCUCAGCUGCUGUGAGCCAAUUUGGUUCUUGCAAAGAUGCAGGCGGUACCUCUCCUUUUGAAGAGGAUUAUAUAUAUAUACAUAUAUAUAUAUUCUUUUUUUUUUUGGCUGAAUUGCAGUAACUAGCCUUACCUUUCUACUCUGUGGUAGCAACGGGGUCUUCGUGGGCCUCAGCCAGUGGCUAAGCUGUUGUUAGCUGCCUAGGAAAUACGUGGAAGAGGAACGAGGCAAAUAUCACACACGCCAAAAAAAAAAAAAAACCCACUGCCACACAUGGCAUUCGCUUUGGCAAACAGAAACCUUUCUUCUGUAGGCGUCAGGCCAGACAAGUGAUGUAUCUAUGUACAGAAACCUUCCGCAGCUCCAUUUGACCUUCCAGCAAACAGGUGAUAAGAACAGAGCGCGUCGGGGAAGAAAUCUCGCAGCAAAAAAACAAAAAAGCUUUUAAACCUGCCAGCGGCCAGCAAGAACGAUCCGAAAGGUGGGUGGACAAGCCACGGGUGCAAGUGAGGACUGAGGUGGUUUUCGAAAGAGGGGAGAUGUUCUUUAUUUUCUUUUUUUCUUCUUUUUGUUUAUUGUGCAGCGGGUUAAAGACCCGCUUUCCCGCUCUGGACGAUGGGUUCAAUCCCGGCGGGGGCCGGUUUGAAGUUCAGGUUCACUGCUGUAGGAGAUGCUUUCACUCCGGAGACGGGAGGUGAUGGGGGAGCCGGGGUGCGGAGGCAGGGAGAAGGAACAUCGCCUAGCUGCCGUUUCCCCCGGGAGACGGGAGGUUUUUCCCCUCCUGUACGCUUCUGAUGCCAUUUAAACGUGCAGCGAGGAUCGUGCGAAACACUUAUUGGCUUAUGAUUAAAGUGAGAUGAAUUUUGUUACACAAAUCCCUUCCUCCCCACCCCCAGCUGCCCGCGCCGUGCUCUCGCCUGGAUCUGGCUCGUCUGGACAGACCGGGCCGCUCAUUCCCGAAAACGUCUCCCUUCAGCUGGCUGGGAACGCGUAACCUACCAGCCUGGACAGGCACGUGGGCUGGCGAGGACGGCUCACUUCGGUGCGUUGUGAUGGGGCUGAGCCGUGGCGGGGAAGAGCCAGUCCUGUCCUUGACGUGGCUUUGGGUGGAGAAGGCAGCGAGGUGGUCGCGAGUGGCAGGUUGGAUGGUUUUGUUGUUCCUUUAUAUAUAUAAAUAUAUAUAUAUAUGUAUAUACACAUAUAUAUAUGUGUGUGUAUAUAUAUAAUUGUGGUUUUUUUUGGUUUGGAUUCUGUAGAAAACGGGCAAAAUUCAUUUUUUGGAAGGGGGAAAUCCCAAAUUCCUGGAGCUUCCAGAUUUCUGUUGCCCCAGAAAGGACAGUUUGAGAGCGCAACUCUAUCAAAAUAUCUGCUGUACAAAAGGAAAUGUAAAUCUUGUAUAGCGCCCAAAAAGCUAAUGUAAAUACCUGAGACGUCUGGGCCGAAAAGCCCAGAGAUGGGCCCUUGUCGGAGCCAGAGUCGGCUGUCCGCUCCCAGAGCUGCGGGUCACGGAGAGAUCCCUGCGGGGGCUGCCGCAGCCACGCAGCAGGGUUCGCUCUGCCGCAACCCGCAGCUCCUUUAAAGUCAGAGUCAAAAUUGCUUCAAUUUCCCUGCUCCCUGCCCCAAAGAAAAAAAGAAAAACAAACAAAAAAACUACCCUGUCUCAUUUUCAGUCGUUCGGGGUAAUGGGCACAAGAGGUUGGUUACAAUAAUCCCCUCAUAUUGAGUGGUCCAUCGCUGACUGCACACUUUGGCUGUGGUGAUGGCGGAGGAUGACUUGCUAAGAUGUGACCUUUCCCUAAGCGAGAUUGCAGGGCAGUGCCUGCACCCUAAGUGAUUCAGAAGUGACUAAUUCACAAGCAUCUUUGCUCUCGAGAGAGUGGCAGUUUCUCUUGUUGGCAAAAAAAAAAAAAAAAAAAAAAAAAACAAACUUGCCAGCGCGUGAUUCACGCACUGGCUUCUCUUAAAAAAAAGAAAAAAAGAAAAAAAAAGAAAAAAAAAAGAAAAAGAACCGUGAGUGAGUGAUGACGGUACUUUAGCUGAUGCACAAGCAAUCUCUCAGCAGAUAUUCGCUGAAGGAGCGCCGCCUCGACUCUCGCUGCAGAGCCGGGAGACGCUGUCGAGAGGUUUCCCGUCAGAAAAGCAGCCCAUCUCGGCUGCGGCCGGUCGGGUGGUUCGAGGGAGCCCUUGUCACGAAGGGGGAUGCCCCUGCGAGCGGGGGUUUCGAACCGGAUCGGUGCGUCGUUGUGCACGCUGUGGCUACGAGAGGUCUCGCAGAAACAGAACGGCCUUAAGGCCGCAGGCUCACCGCUGGUGUCUCUUUGGAAGGACAGGCCUUGUUGAAGGAUGCUCCGAGAAAUAUUCUUUGUAGGUCGAGGCUCUGCUGUUGCAAACUGGCGCACGCGGUCUUCCUCCUCUUCCUCCCGGAGCCGGAUGCUCAGAUAACUCGGUAGGGGAGCGUCAAGCAACCGUCAGGCGGUGCGGUGUGUGCACCAAGCUGAGAGCUCGUGUUUUGUGCAUCUGUGUAAGCUCCCCUGCCCUUCCCCACUCAGCUUCGCAGCGCGUGCCGGGCCUACCCGAUACCAGGUCCUCUAGUUGUACGUAGAAAGCCCCCACGACGUCCCGUUCUGCUUUGGAUCUGCUGGCGGUGGUGAGAAUGGCGCUGGGAAAGACGUGCGUCGGAAAGCAUCCGGCCUCGCGUGUGGUGGGGCUACAAGGCUUGUUUGGCAGCUGCUUACACAGGAGGGAGUGAAAGCCCUGGGAAGUCUUGGAUCUAGCGUGCUUUGAGCUGAGCCGGGAAAGGAAGUUACUAGUGAAGAGGGUGACACAUGUGGUGGCUUCUAGACAUGGUGGUGGCAACCAUCAGGUCUGUAGUACGUGAAAUCUCGGAGUCCCUAGAAUAGCUUCUCUUUGCCUCCUUAGUGCCGUGGUUUGUGUGUGCUCCCACCACUGAGCUCUCCCUGUGGACAGAGGGAGGAAAUCCCGGGCUCACGUGCCCGGGAACGCGAGGUUUGGGCUUGGCGUCGGCAGUGUCUAGCUGCUCAGCGCGGCAUCAAUGCUGUGGCGGUGACAGGCUUGCAGCUUCGAGGCCUUAAAAGCACGUGUUAAAGGCAGGGGAGAGCCUGCUGCAAUAUUCUGGCCUCACAGCAGUGUAACAAGAGCAGUGACGGGGAGACAAACUCCCGUUGUCUCGCAGCAAGGCCACUAAAAUGGGGCUGGAGAGAGAGAGAGAUGGGUCCGUCCUGCCUGGCGACAAGAUGGCGAAGGGGGACGCGUACGCGCUUCCGCCACUGCAGAAGUGCUGCUUUGUCGCCUUAACUCUCGCGAACAGUAGCCGAGGAGGCCGCGGGGGCGGAGGCGCGCGAGGUGGACGCCGCUCCGAGAGCUGGGACCUGGCAGCGAGCCCUCUCCCACACCCCGGUUCAUCUGCUGCCGGGGCAGGGGUAAGCAUGGAGUCGCGGCACAGAGUGGAAACGAGGCUGCUGGGUGCCCGCAUGCAUGUGCUCGUACCGUGAAAUGGGAAAACGGUGGCGCUGGGGCGCGAGGCAGCAGGUGGGAGAGUCGCAUCCUCCUCGGAAAGCUAGAGGCAGGGAGAGACGCCAAGUCUGGGCACCGCAGGGCUGGAACUGCCUUCCGCAAUAUCUGCUGAGAGACCAAAACGUUCACCCCGAAGUACCUUGACGAAAGAAGAAAGUUUUAUUCCUCUUAUUUUUUUAAUGAAAGAAAAAAAUAAAGCAAACCAUGCACUUUACGCGGCCCAGCGCGGGGCUGCCGGUGCCUGGAGGGGCCCCGUCCCCCUCUCCCCGGCGAGCGAGUGACCCACGGCAGCGGGGCCGAUUCUCAUUCCCUUCCUCUGGCGGCCGGCGGGGCGGCUUUGGGAGAUGCCGGGGAGCGGCCAGCUGUUGCCGAAGGCAGGUCCUGGAUUUACCACUAGCAAAGAUGACGCCCGACGUGACGAACUCCUCAUGCUAGCGAGCACUCCUUACCGUAGCAGAUUUUUGCAAAUGGAGUUUUACAGUCUAUAUUUAAAGAAUUGUAUGUUUGUAACAAAUAAAAAGUAUGCGGAAAAGUGAAUGAAAAAC